CAGUCGGUGUGGAGGAGAGCGGACAGAGCGGAGCGGCGCACCGGGACCCGGGAUCUGUACUACACACACACACACACACACACACACACACGCACAGCAGCGGAUCAGCAUGGAGCUGUGAGGGCUGCGGGACCUGUUCCCCGAACAUCGCUGUUUGAUUUGUUUCUUUAUCGCAUCUUUUUUAACCCAACAUGGAGACCACAGGCUGCUGGCUGCUCCUCGCUGCACACUUCAUCCUCCUCUGCCAACAAGCCGGAGGAUAUGCGUACAGGAAUCAACGCAAGUUCUCAGAAGACAUCGACUGGUCGUACGCAGGAACCUUAAAUCAGAACAACUGGGCCAAGAAGUUUCCAUCCUGCAGUAACGCCAAGCAGUCUCCCAUCAACAUCGAGGAGAACCUGGCUCAGGUGAAGCUGCAGUACCAGAAGCUGAGGUUUGACGGCUGGGAGAGCCUGACGACCGACAGGUCCACCAUCAAGAACGAUGGCAAGACGGUGGCGGUGGAUGUGGAUGGAGAUUUCUUCGUCAGCGGAGGAGGUCUCAGGUCAAAGUUCAAGGUCGGACGUAUCACCUUCCACUGGGGGCGCUGCAACGCCUCCUCAGAGGGCUCCGAACACAGUCUGGAUGGAGUCAAAUACCCUCUGGAGAUGCAGAUCUACUGUUAUGAGGCGCAUCGCUUUGACUCUUUAGAUGAAACCAUCACGGCUGGAGGCAGAAUCACAGCGCUCGCCGUGCUGUUUGAGACGAGCAUCGAGGACAACAUGAACUACGCCGCCAUCAUAGACGGGAUGACUAGCGUGAGCAGAUACGGGAAGAGAGCAGAGGUCUCAUCCUUCGCCCCGCGAGGUCUCCUGCCGAACUCCACGGAGAAAUACUUCAUCUACAACGGCUCGCUGACCACGCCGCCCUGCAGCGAGACUGUCGAGUGGAUCGUCUUCAAGAACACGGUGGCCAUCUCUGACGAUCAGCUGGAGAUGUUCUGCGAGGUGAUGACGAUGCAGCAGGCCGGAUACGUGAUGCUGAUGGACUACCUGCAGAACAACUACAGGGAGCAGCAGCAGCAGUUCAUGGGUCAGGUGUUCUCCUCCUACACCGGCACCGAGGAGGUCCUGACACCAGUGUGCAGUUCGGAGCCGGAGAACAUCCAGGCGGUGCCGUACAACCUCAGCAGCCUGCUGGUGACGUGGGAGCGUCCCCGGGCGGUGUACGACGCCAGCAUCGAGAAAUACUCCGUCACCUACCGGCUGGCCAAGACAGAAAACGGCGCCCCCUCUAUAUACCUGACCGACGGAGACCAGGAUGUGGGAGCGAUGCUCGAUGACCUGCUCGCUAACACCAGCUACAUUGUCCAGGUGGUGGCGGUCUGCAACAACGGUCUGUACGGACGUGUGAGCGACCUGCUGAAAGUCGCCAUGCCCAUCGACGACCCCGAAAAUGCACUGGAUCCAGAUUCAAAUGAAUUUGACGACGAGGGCAACUAUGAACCCGAUCUGUCUUGGAAUGAACCCGUCCAAACAGAGGAUUAUGAGUUGGCCUGGAUUCCUACAAACUCCCCGAGGACCACGACUUCUCCAUCACCUCUGUUACCUGGCAUCAGAACCACAACAGCAGAAACUAGUCAGAGGAAAACCACGACUGAUCCCCCGGUCAGAUCCACACAGCAUGGUCGAGUCCUGAGCCCUUCUGAAGAGACAGCACGCAGCAGUACCUCCGCACGUCCAGCAGAGAUCACCCUGCCACCAGAAACCAGAGGAAGUUCUGACUUCAGUGGCAAAGCUCCCUUUCACUCCACAACAACAACAAAAGCUUCCACUACUCCCUUUUACCCGGAUGCAAAGAGAGAGGGUGUUCUGGGAGGCGUCAGUCCAAAAGACACAACAGAAGGUGUUGUUAGUACCACUACUCCUUCACUUUCCAGUGUAAAGACAAAAGGUGGUAAAAGCAUUUCUUCAUACAGCAGCACCACGAGCACACUGAGGUCUCGUACCAGCCACUUGAGCAGCACAACAACACAAUCAUCCGUCAUCCAGGCCAAGAGCGACCGAGGCCUGGCGCGUCCCAUAAAUGAAGACACCACCUCUGAUGGAGAUUUGUCUUCUGGACCCGGAGGUCUUCCAGAGAUCCAAACUUCCACCUCCCAACCUUCCUCCUCGGGUGAAGCUGUUCCACGUAGGACCACUAGUCCCAGCAUACCUCAUUUAUCGUCUACCAAGACCUCUGUCCGGUUGAGUGGAGUUCUCUUGCAGACCACACAGCCGAUGUCCAACGGUGAGCGCCCCUCUGUCCUCCCCUCCACCUCCUCCUCUUCCUCCUCCUCCCCUCUGUGUGACACUGCGGACCUCUCCACCUGCCUGCAUGACCCUCCCUCCUCGUCCUGGCCUUUGUUGUCUGCCUCUGCACCGGACUCCCAGCAUGCCGCUACCGCUCCGCUGUCUAGCAAAGACCCGGCUUCUCCUUCAACCCCCACGCUCCCUGCCUCCACCCUGCCUCACCUCCCUCACCCCUCGCAUCCCCUGUCUGGUUGGGAGACUGACCCCGUCUUCCAUGGUGUUGGGUUCGAUGAUAAUGAUAGCGAUGGUGAUUUGUUAGCUGGGUCUUCGGUGGCCUCCUUAAGUGAGCCGUUAGUGUUUAGCGAUACCCCUUCUCUCCAAACGGUGCCGGAUCUGUCUGUCACCGCCAAGCCGCUCGAAUCCUCUGGGGAUCCGUCACUCUCCGCAGUCUCCCUGUCUCUCAGCCCCACCCUCCAGCCUUCAGUUCUCUUCUCUAGUGACUUCACCCUUUCUGGCACAACUCCGGGCUUAUCCCACUCUUUCUCCAUUGCGUUUGAGGACGCCAGGUACGCCACGGGGAGCACAAUGGAGUCUUUUCUUCCCGAGAUCAGCGGUGAUGGGUUUCCGUUAGCUAGCGGCGUGGACCCCGUUUGCGGCUGUUCUCUGGAGCCAUCGGUGUCCUCAACCUGGUUGCAUGCCUCUCCUCACGUACCCCUGCCGUCCUCAGCCUGGAACUCUGCUAGCUUAGAGCUUUACUCUAGCGUGGGCUUCCCUUCGGCCUCUGGUGUUGGUAUAGACGAUCUUCUGUACUCUCUGUCUGUGGAGGGCUCUGAUGGUCUGUCCUUAGACCAGCCUCUCCUCUCUCAUAACAAUAUCUCUCCCUCAUCGUCCUCUUCACACUCCCUCCUUUUGCAAGUCACCCAUAGUGACCUGCCCAUUUCUGUUGCAGCCACAGCUUCUGGCGUCAGGGAUUCCUGGUUCUCCGCAUCAGACGGGAACUCCCCCCUACAAACCUCUACCCUCCCGUCCUCACCCACAGCCUCCCCCUCCACCCCCACCCCAGAAGGACAAGCGUUAGACAUUAGCAACAGUGCCUCCGGCUCGGCCCUGUUCCCUCACUCCCAGGAGGGCGUAGAUCAGGAGUGGGACAGGGUUCAAACCUCGACCUCUGGAGAGAGCGCGUUCCCUUAUUCAACAAAAGUCACUAACACCGUUACCCCGCCUACCACCUCUGGGUCCGGCCAGUCCUCCGAUGAUUUGGAUGAACGCUCCUCAGCAUUUUAUUUUGAAAGCGAGAGUGGCAGUGCCAUCACCUCAGAGGUAGGAGACACAGCAACGCCAAUCACUCCUGCGGUAACUUCAGCUUCACCCUGGUUGCUGGGUGGGGAGGAGGAGAGCGGCUCAGGGCAGGGUGAAAGCCUAUACGACAACGAGACGUCCUCUGACUUCAGUAUCUCCGAGCGUACAGAAAGAGAGUCGAAGGAAGAGGAGCCAGUAGCAGAUGCCAGUAACAGCAGCCACGAGUCGAGAGUCGGCUCGAUCCGGGAGCGAGAGCGGAAGGCUGUGGUUCCUCUAGCCGUCAUCUCCACCCUCACCGGCCUCGGCCUGAUCGUCCUCAUUGGGAUCCUCAUCUACUGGAGAACCUGUUUUCAGACGGCUCACUUCUACAUCGACGACAGCUCAUCCCCCAGAGUCAUUGCUGCACCGUCCACUGCUGCAUCUGACGAACAAACUGCGUUUCCAGUGAAGGACUUUGUGAAGCACGUGUCCGAGCUUCACGACGCGCUCGGCUUCCAGCGAGAGUUUGAGAUCUUGAAGGAGAGUUACGAGGAGGUGCAGACGUGCACAGUGGACAUGGCGAUGACGACCGACAGCUCCAACCAUCCUGACAACAAGAAUAAAAACAGAUACAGCAACAUCCUGGCCUACGACCACAGCCGGGUGCGUCUCUUGCUGCAGGCCGACAAAGACGGAAAGACGAGAGAUUACAUCAACGCAAACUACGUGGAUGGUUUCAAGGCGCCGCGGUCGUACAUCGCCGCUCAGGGUCCUCUGAGGUCGAGCACCGAGGACUUCUGGAGGAUGAUUUGGGAGCAGAACGUCUGCGUCAUCGUGAUGAUCACCAACCUGGUGGAGAAGGGAAGAAGGAAGUGUGAUCAGUACUGGCCGGCGGAGGUGCAGGAGGAGUACGGCAGCUUCCUGGUGACGGUGAAGAGCAGCAGAGUGCUCGCCUACUACACCCAGAGGACCUUCACCGUCAGGAACACCGGCGCCAAGAAGGGCUCCCAGAAGGGGCGGAUCAACGAGCGGACGGUGACUCAGUACCACUACACCCAGUGGCCAGACAUGGGCGUCCCAGAGUUCGCUCUGCCGCUCCUCAGCUUCGUCCGCAAGUCGUCCAAAGCCAGGACGGACACCAUGGGGCCGGUGGUGGUGCACUGCAGCGCCGGCGUGGGCCGCACGGGCACGUACGUGGUCCUGGACAGCAUGCUGAAGCAGAUGAGGGACGAGAGCACCGUCAACAUCACAGGCUUCCUCAAACACAUCCGCAGGCAGAGGAACUACCUGGUUCAGACAGAGGAACAGUAUGUGUUUAUCCACGAUGCCUUGGUGGAAGCCAUCUUGUCCGGAGAGACGGAGGUGGUGGCGGCUCAGCUGCACAGGUACGUGGACGAGCUGCUGAUCCCGGGGCCUGCCGGGAGGACGCGCCUGGAGAAGCAGUUCAAGCUGGUUCGUCACUCCGGACUGAAGCAGUGCGACUUCUCUGCAGCGCUGCAGGACUGCAACCGCAGCAAGAACAGAAACUGCUCUGUGGUCCCGGUUGAGCGGUCACGAGUGCGCCUGUCUACGUCAGCAGGGGAAACAUCCGACUACAUUAAUGCAUCAUACAUCACAGGUUACAGGAAGAGCAGCGAGUUCAUCAUUACCCAGAAUCCUUUGCCUGGCACCAUAAAGGACUUCUGGAGGAUGAUAUGGGACCACAACGCCCAGGUCAUUGUGUCGCUGCUGGAGACGCUGUCAGGCGAGGCGGAGGAGGAGGCGAAGCUGUGUGCCGUCUGGCCCCGUAAAGGGCAGCCAAUCAGCUAUGAGAUGUUCACCGUCACUCAGAGGAGUGAGAACCGCAUCUGUCUGACCAACGAGGACAUGCUGGUGGUGCAGGAAUACGUACUGGAAGCUACACAGGACGACUACGUUCUGGAGUUGAAACACUAUCGCGCCCCCUGCUGGCCCAAUCCAGACAGUCCCAUCAGCAACACCUUCGAGCUCCUCAAGCUGGUGAAAGAAGAGAGCGCCGCCAAGGACGGCCCCACCGUGGUCCACGAUGAUGUGGGUGGAGUCACAGCGGGAACGUUCUGCGCUCUGUCCUCUCUGGUUGAUCAGCUGCAGGCCGAAGGGUCGGUUGACGUCUUCCAAGCAGCCAAGCUGACAAACCUCAUGAGACCAGGAGUCUUCAGCGACAUUGAGCAGUACCAGUUCCUGUACAAAGCCAUGCUGAGUCUCAUCGGGACGCAAGAAGACGAGAAAACCCUCCAGUCCUCCGACAACAACGGGACCAUCGUGGUGGGAACCGCCAGCACCGCAGAGAGCCUUGAAUCCCUGGUGUAAAAAAACCACAAAGAACUUAACUUUUACAAAUGAGCAACAGCAUUUUGUCCCUCGUCUUCAAGCACCAACAGAACUCCUGAUGCCAGACUCACGCUGCAACUACUAAAUAGAAAUCCUCGCUGUUCAGGACUGUAGUUUGAGGCUCGCAUGUACCGAAUAACAAGUUUCUUCUUCGCUGGAUCUGGACUCCCCGCGGUUUUGUAAUGUGUGCCUUUUUGUAUUUUUCAUCCUGUACUUCUAACUUUGAUACAAGCUGUAGACUAACUGCCCGAUGUUUAACGCUGUACCGCCCCGAGACGUUUCAUUCAACUAACAAACUUUUCCUAAAACCUUUUUGUAUUUAUUGCCACGGAGCCAAAUGGGGGAAAAAGGGAAAAAGUGCAUCUUUUUACAUCAAGAGAUAUUUUGUUAGUCUUUUCUAGAGCUCCUGCACUGAACUCCUUUCUGUAAAUACCAUCGCACCGGUAGCAGCAGUGUGCCGUUGAAUUCAAAUAUAAAAAUAAGGGCCUGGAAUAAUAAAAAAAAAUAAUAAUCUAAUGUAAAUAAUAUUAUAGUAAUCAACUCGAUGGACCAAAUUUCUAUUUAUACUUUUAGAUUUUUAUAUUUUACCAUUUUUAGUGCAUUCAAAUGUUAUGGUUUAAUUCUAAUUGCUUAGUCGGAGAACAUUAACGUUUUUAUAUUCUGGAUUUUGUAACAGACUAAAUGUGAUGCAUGGGGUACUGACAUGUUUGUUUUAUUAGCUGGAUUAUUAGCUAGGGGAUUAAAGAAGUGAAAGAACACCAAAGA